AUGGAUGUGUCUGCUGAUCAUACUGUCUCUGCUCUUGCGACUACCGGCCACGAGUUUUUGUCCGCGGUUUCGGAAAACGUGCCUGCUGUUGUUCAACCGGUUGUGGGUGCUGUUGUGUCGGAGACAGUCUCUGACUCCGUGCAGCAGUCGACGGAGCCCUCUCCUUCUGUGCCUGCACCCGUCGUUGCACCCUCUGACGUUUCUGAGCCUCUUCCUGUUGCGGAAUCACGGAAUGUUUUUGUGGAACCAAAAGCGCAACGGGAUGAAGCUCGUUCUCGGAGUUCCAGUAGGCAACGCUUCCGCAGUGCCAGUAGCUCCCCUUCUUACGACAGGGGUUUAACGCGAGGUGACCGUAGUCCGUCCCCAGUAGGGCGCUCCCCCGCCUCUUCUUGGGCGUCGCAACGCCGCGCCCCGCGGCGCGACCUCGACGUGGAGCUACGGCCGCCUCAGGCUGCCGGCUCCGGGCGCCAGCCGCCGCGCAAACAGCAACAACAACAGCCGCAGCGCGCCUCCUCUCGCCACGCACAGUCAGCUGAUCUGAGUGUUGCAGCACAGCAACAUUUUGUCGACAAGCUCGUUAGUGAAAGUGGUGGCGUCAAGAAGUUUAAGCACGUGGACGGUGCUUUGUCUGACGUUUUGAUUCUGCCGGCAGGCUUCGGCAUUCGAAAUGUGAAAGUUUAUAAUGUUCCCUUUGAAUGCCCCAAUGAGGCCAUUGCUCGUAAACUUGGGGAAUUUGGCACCGUUCUUAGUGUAGAGAAUGAUGUGUGGCCUGCAGGAUUUAGGCCGGCGCAGCUGCCGCGCGAAGCUGUUGACAACACCACGUAUGCGGGCGCGUUGGUUGGAGCCCCCUCGCUCACCCCUCCCGACCAACAGGUUUCUGCCGCUCCUGCGGCUGUGGCUCCUGUGUCCGAAACUGUGCCUCCGCCGACAGUUGUCGUGCCCCCGGUUAUGUCAGGACAAAGUUUACCUGCCGCACGCACCCCUCGCGAGGUCCGUAUUGCUGAUUUGCCAGCCGUCAGUGUUCCGGACGUGCCCUUUGCGGAGACUUCUGAAAUGUUGGUCGCGUCACCGCGGCCGAUUUCAGUCCCCGCCCCGCCGACAGACAAGCGGAAAUUGCCGUCACAGCCGGGCCCGUCCACUGCCGGCGAGGCGGAUGCUAGCAGUGCCGAAAGUGAGGUGUCCCAAGUUUCCACUCAGUCCGUCCCUGCCGAUCCAAAAUCGAAGCGUAAGAGGUCAAAGAAGCGUUCGAAAACGGCGCCCACUGAGGGCGUCGACGUCACCUUCGAACAGGCGGUUGAGGGACUGACGGAUACUUUGGUCCAAGAGCGUCGCGACGCACCUUUCGUACACGGUCCACCUGUGUCGGUGCCCGCCACCCCCGCUUCCCGGGCCAUUCCGGACACCGCACCUGCUCCUUCGGACACCAUGCAGUGGUCUGAGGAUGUGGAGGAAAAUCACUUUUUCUAG